AUGGAUGAGACCAUUGACGGAAACCAAGGAUCGAUUAUCCUCACGCAAUACGCGCCACCAGACCUGCGUGAUGCCAGCGACGAUUGGACAGGCAUCACCAGCAAGGCUGAGAGGAAAAGGAGGCAGAACCGUCUGAACCAGAGAGCCCACCGUCGGCGGAAGAACGCACAAGCCCGGGCCGGAGCAAACCCCGGAACGGACCCGGAAGUCAUCCACACACCGACGCCCGUCUCCCCGGCUCCGACGACCACCCCGGUUAGAGAUCUCAGUCUAUCCCCCCGGAGCGGCUCCAACACCUCCGACGAAUGGGAGAAGCAACACGAAAGCCUCCAGAUCCUAACCAACCCGCAAACCAGGGAACGCAUCCGCAAGUUCCUCCGCGAGGUCUACUCGUACCACGCCCUGCACUCGCCCAACAUCGGCCACCUCCCCAACCUCAUCCGCCUCAACCUCAUGGACGCCCUAGCCCGUAACGCCAUCCGCAUAGGCUUCGAUCCGCAGGGCCUCUGCCAGGACGAACUCAUCUCCCCCCUCAACGUCCGCGGUCCCUUACUAUUAUCCGACGGUUCCUCGCCCUCCUCCUCCUCACAAAUCAUCACACUGAAAUGGCGCGACGAAACCAAAAAGUCCCAAGGUUGCCCCGAGAGCUUAGCCCCUACGCUUCUGCAGCGCAUGGUGCUGCAUCACCCCUGGAUAGACCUGUUCCCGUUCCCGACGUUUAGGGAUAACAUGCUGGCGGCGAUACAGCUGGGCGUUUUGGACGAUGACGAGCUUUGUGUGGAUCUGAUCGAGUUUGCUGGCGGCGCGGACGGGAGUGAGCCGGCGUUGAUUGUUUGGGGCGAGGCGUGGGAUUGGAGGAGUUGGGAGGUCACGGCGGGGUUUUUGAGGAAGUGGGGAUGGUUGGCCAAGGGGUGCGAGGAGAUGGUUGUUGCGACGAAUUAUUGGAGGGAGAAGAGGGGGGAGAAGAGGAUUGUGUUUUGA